CGUCGAUUUAAGGCUCGACGAUCCAGUCGUCUUCUGUGUGAACAAGAUAGAGAAAGAAAAAAAAAGUAUUUUUUCACCAUGGUAGCGAAUUUCAAGGUCUACAAAAAAUGUUCGCCCAACGGCAAGCUCGCUGUCUAUCUGGGCAAACGCGAUUUCAUCGAUUAUCUGUCAGACAUCGAGCCAAUCGACGGGGUAGUCUUGGUCGAUCAGGAUUACGUAGACAGCGGCAGGAAGGUGUGGUGUCAGCUGGUAUGCAGCUUCCGAUACGGUCGUGAGGAGGACGAGGUGAUGGGCCUCAACUUUCAGAAGACUCUUUAUCUGACCUCGGAGCAGAUCUUCCCGCAAGUUAAAAAGCCCGAGUCCAAUCUUACAAAGUUGCAGGACAGAUUGCUGAAGAAACUGGGUGCGAACGCAAUACCGUUCAACUUCAAGUUCCCGAAAUCUGCACCGUCCAGCGUGACCCUUCAGCCCGGACCUGACGAAGUCGGUGAGCCCUGCGGCGUUAGUUACUACGUGAAGGUGUACAACGGCGAAACGGAGACCGAUCUGACCCAUAAGCGCAGCACUGUCAUGAUGGGCAUCCGCAAGAUCCAGUACACACCGACGAAGGAAGGUCAUCAACCUUGCACCGUGGUGCGCAAGGACUUUCUGAUGAGCCCGGGCGAACUGGAGCUCGAGGUUACCCUGGACAAGCAGCUGUACCAUCACGGCGAACCGAUCACCAUCAGCAUAUGCGUGCGCAACAAUAGCAACAAGGUGGUGAAGAAGAUCAAGACACUGGUGCAGCAAGGCAUCGACGUGGUCAUCUUUCAGAACGGUCAGUUCAGGGCGGUGAUAGACGCGGUGGAGACGCAAGAUGGCUGCCCGAUCAAUCCUGGCUCGUCCCUGCAGAAGGUGUUCUACCUGAAGCCCGAUCUGGGGAGCAACAAGGACCGUCGUGGUAUCGCCCUGGACGGCGUGAUAAAACGGGAGGAGACCGAACUCGCGUCCAGCACUUUGCUCACCUCGCCAGACGUACGCGAUACUUUCGGCAUCAUCGUGUCCUAUGCCGUCAAGGUCAAGCUAUACUUGGGCGCUCUGGGCGGCGAGUUGACGGCUGAACUGCCGUUCAUCCUGAUGAGAUCCAAGCCGUCCGAUCGAAUUAAACUGGUUCACACAGAUAGUGUAAUGAUCGAAGACAUGCCGCAAGAGAAGGUCGACGAGAAAAUCAGCUCCUAGAUUAAAACAUUUUGAUCUCUGCAAUUUUUCACUUCGAUUUGCUUCCGAUUCAAGUUAAAUAGAUUCAACGGGCGUGAUAAAAACAGUCUCUCGGACAGCGUAACAUUCAAAAAGCUCUAAAGUCUAAGAUAGACGUCUUAAUAUGUCACACAUUUUAUAGAUAUCCUUUAAAAAUUGUCUGGGCUGUUGUUUUGGGAGAAUCUUGAUAUUUUUUAUUAUAGAUAGCGCUAAUAUUUCUUUAUAUAAUGUAGGAAAUAAUUUAUAUCAUGUAUUAAUUGUGUUUUGAUAUGGACAUGAAAUUGUAAGGACCCAGGAUUACGUGUAACUGAAUCCACUAAUCCCCCCACAUAAUCCGUUAUUAAAUGUUUAUUUCAAAACCUUCAAA